AGUGACGCCGGUUGCUGGAGAAUUUUUUGUGCGCAGUGAGCCAAGCAGAAAAGAACAGCGUCAACCAGAGACCGUGAGAACAAAAAUACAAUAACCAAAAGUAAACAUCUGAGCCUAAAAGAACAGCAGUCGGAAACUGAGAAAUUACAACUUAUCUGAACAGUGUGCAUUAUGAACCCAGUGUACUGCCCUGCACCAACAGGGGUCCCCUAUGCCAAUCAAAAGGGGCAUUUAGUAGGAUACCCAGCUGGAUUCCCUGUGGGGUAUGCGGCCUCCUCUGCCUAUGCUCCCAACAUGUACCACCCUGGAGCCACCCACCCAGCCUUCCCCACGGGUUACGCUCCGGGCACUCCUUUUAAAAUGUCCUGCUCGCCCACCACGGGGGCUGUCCCACCUUACUCCUCGUCACCCAACCCCUACCCUGGAGCAGUAUACCCUGUGAGAGGCGCCUACCCCCAACAGAACCCCUACGCACAGCAUCAAGGCACUUACUACACACAGCCGCUGUACGCAGCCCCGCCCCAUGUCAUACAUCACACUACAGUGGUCCAGCCCAAUGGGAUGCCAGCAGCCAUGUAUGCCCCGCCCAUGCACCACCCGCCUCGCCCCCACAAUGGUGUUGCCAUGGGGAUGGUAGCAGGGACCACUAUGGCCAUGUCAGCCGGAACAUUGUUGACGCACUCCCCGAAUCCCCGCCCCCACCAAGUCACGAUGCCCACAUACCGACACCCAGGCACGCCCACCUACAGCUAUGUGCACCCCCAGUGGUGAAGUGAUGGCACUGUCAGAAGAUGGCGUGAUGCGAAUCUGAAUCCUAACCAUACAUCAACAGGUCUGUUCAGAACGGGAUGAAGACAAUCUUCCCACUCCUGACUAUUCCUGUUUGGAAUAACGCUAUCCCAGAAUCCUUCGCUCACUCUGCUGCAUAUCUUCCGUCAGAUGGCUACUGGAAGUCUCCUCCAUGCAAACUAGUGUUUUGUGGACUGUCUUAAGAAAUGUGUAGUUAACUAUUAAGUGGUUAAAAGAGAGUUUGGAUGAGUUUUUAUUUUUGGGGAUCUAUAUCAAGGUAAAUGCGUGUGUGUAUGCUAAAUAAUGCUCGCUCAAUCUACCUGAGACAUGCAAAAUCACCAAAAAGAUUGAAUCUAAAAGGAACUAAGAAUAAGAACUGCAAUUGUUUUUAGCACUGAUGUCAUGUCUUAAUUUGAAACCUUAAAUAAGAAAGGGAAAAAAAGUUUAGUUUCAUACAAACAAAGUUAAAGAUGGAAUCCGCAGCAGGGGGGAGACGGUGCCACUGGCUGCCCCACCACUGUUAUUGUUUUAGUUGCAAAGCUGCACGGUAAAAAACAAAAUGUGCAGUAUGUUUUGUGUUCCUCUAUUGCUGGUGUCAGAGGGGGAACAACAGUGUUGGUUGUUUUUGCAGUAACGUCUUUGUUGUGGUAAUAUCACAAACGGAUGUGGCAUUUUCACCAUUAACGAUUCCAGCUUUAGGAUUACUACACAAAGCCGUGCAGAUUUCUGUUUGACAAGUUUUUAGUAACGUUGCUGGCACAGUAUUAUUUCUCUAGAUGAAGCUGUGUCAACAUUUUGUCUGUUGGCACCUUUUUUUUUUUUUGUAGUUUGGGAAAGUGGGGCUUUUUUGUUGUUGAGUUUUGUGUCCAUUCCAACUCUAAAUCAUUCUCCACACUCUUUGCCCAUUGGAAGAUGUUGUGGACACUGAGUUCCAUGUAGAAGGUCCAACGGUCUUAGACAGAUCAUUUCCUUUUCCUUGGACCAUCGUCCUAAGAUCCCUUACAUCAUGACAGCAGAAUGAUACAGACCUGUCGUGACGUGUGAUCUAUUACUGGUCGCAAAGAAAAGGAAUCUAUUUACAGCCACUUGGACUCAGUCCUGCAGACAAUGAGUGAUUGUGUAUAAUUCUAUUUUCAGAGGUUUAAAAUACUGAAACUGUUGCACAUACAGAUGUAUGUAUUUAUGCUUGUAUGUAUGUAUCAUACCUGAACAUGUCUACAGAUUCCUUUCUGUCAUUGGUUUGGGCUUAACCACACCAAGAGCCACAAACUUUUAAAAGCAAUGCUAACCUGAGACAUUUUCAACAGGUUUGAGACUUUAUUAAAUCUAUUAUAAUUUUCUAAGCACUACUGGAAGAGAAUAAACAUUAAAUUCUUAUUUGAGACACUGUUUUAAGGAAGCCAGAAUUUAACUGACGCGAGAUAUCUCUCUCAAGGCUCCACCAGAAUUUACCAGAUUAUAUCGUUGUCUGAGUCACUCGUCUAUGUUGCCUAUCUAAUCUAAGUCACCUCAGUUACUGAAUCUGUUUUGUAAUGUCUUAUGUGUUUUUGGGUUGUCGAGAAAGACUACAAAAUAAAUACUAUUAUGAGAA